AUGAAAAGUGACAAUAAAUCUUUAUCUCUCCACAAAAUGAAAGGAAGUGAUAUGGGAGUCGAUUUAGAAGAAGCACUAGAAAUAUGUGGAGCAGGAAAAUAUCAGGUAUUUCAUUGUUCACUAAUGGUGGCAAUUCUCGGCGCUGCAAUUUUGGAGAUGAUCGGUUGCUCUUUCAUUCUACCAGCUGCGGCUUGUGACCUUGAGUUAUCUAAUAGUAUUAAGGGAAUUAUAACUUCAAUUCCUAACAUAGGUGUUAUAAUAACUGCACCAUUCUGGGGUCGAGCAGCUGACACCUUCGGCAGGAAACCAGUUCUGCUGUUCACGUCUCUCGCAUCGGGAGUUAUUUGUUUGACAGCUGCUUUCAUGCCCGGUUUACUUAGCUUUGCUAUAUGCAAGUUACUCGGUUCGCUUUUUUUGUCCUGCCCUUCGUCACUUGGGUUUGCAUACGCGGGCGAGCUGAUGCCCAAAAGACGGAGAGAUCUCGCUUUAAUGGUCUGUAACGCUGUACUAAUGCUUGUGGCGUCGAUGUGCCCAAUAAUUGCAUGGGGCGUAUUAUCUUACGACUGGUGGAAUAGUCCUUUAAGGUUACGACAGUGGAGAGUGUUGACAGCGGUAUACGUCACUCCCCUCAUACUAGCUGCAUUGUGGCUCACACAGGCGAAGGAGAGCCCCAAGUUUCUCUUGAUGAAGGGCAAGCACCAGGAGGCUCUGGACGUUCUAAAACAUAUCUACGCCUCGAACAGUGGGUGCUCGAAGGAUGAUUAUUGUGUAAGAUCCUUGAAAGUUUCAGCAGAAGAUACCGGAAAUUCUUCUAAUAAUGGCAAUUGCGAAGUCGGUACUAAAGUCAUGGCAGAUUCUGCGUUUGCACUUCUCAGACCACCACAUGUCAAGUGGCUGGCGUUGACCGGUUUUCUAAUGUUCGGAUUAUUUUCAUUAUUAAACGGCUUGUUUUUGUUUGCUCCUGACACUAUCAACAAGGCUAUGACGCACCCAUCUAACAAACCCGUUACAAUUUGUAUGCUGAUGAACAAUUCAGAAAAUUCGACAUCGUCAGACAACUGCGUGGAUAUGAUAUCAUACAGAACGUUCACGAUCACUGUUGUGACAUCACUGAUCAACGGGGCUCUAGUGAUGCUGAUCAGCCUCAGUCCCCUUUCGAAGAAAACCUCGGUAAUAGGCAUGUUCGGACUUGUCGGCGUGGCUUGUCUCGUAUCUGCAAUUACGACUAACAGAAUAAUCGCAGGAGUGUCGAUGUCAGCCCUUCAACUAACUGCACUUGGUAUCGGUCCGUUGACAGCAUACUCUGUGGAACUUUUCCCAACCAGCUUAAGGGCUACAGCAGUAGGAGCAGUGCUAAUGUUCGGCCGGAUAGGAUCCGUGGUUGGAGCCAACGUUUCCGGAAUCUUUCUCGCAGGCGCCUGCUCGCUGAUAUUCUACGUGUUUUCUGGACUUUUGUUCCGUAAGUAA